UUCCCAUGAUACCCCGCGGGGCGCCUAUUCAAACUGCAAGGAGAAGAGGGAGGCGGUCGUGAUGGCGGCUCCGGAGCCGGAAGUGGUGUGCCCGGCCGCAGUACCCGAUUUGGAAUGGUAUGAGAAGUCAGAGGAAACCCACGCCCCCCAGAUAGAACUACUCGAGACUACGUCUACUCAAGAACCUCCCAACCCUUCGGAGCCCUUUUGUCCCAGAGACUGCAUGGUGCCAGUGGUGUUUCCCGGGCCUGUGAGCCAGGAAGGCUGCUGUCGGUUUACUUGUGAACUUCUAAAGCAUAUCAUGUACCAGCGCCAACAACUGCCUCUGCCCUAUGAACAGCUUAAGCACUUCUACCGAAAACCUUCUCCCCAGGCCGAGGACGCAGUGAAGAAGAAAGCUCGGGCCGCCGCUGAAGUGAGCAGCAGGAAAUGCCAACAAGCCCUGGCAGAACUGGAGAGUGUCCUCAGCCACUUAGAGGGUCUCUUUGCCCGGACAUUAGUACCCCGUGUGCUUAUCCUCCUUGGUGGCAAUGCCUUAAAUCCUAAGGAGUUCUACGAGCUUGACUUGUCCCGCUUGGCCCCCAACAGCAUGGACCAGAGCCUGAGCACUGCAGCUUGUUUGCGGCGUCUCUUCCGAGCCAUUUUCAUGGCUGAUGCCUUCAGUGAGCUACAGGCUCCUCCACUCAUGGGCACCAUUGUCAUGGCACAGGGGCACCGGGACUGUGGAGAAGAUUGGUUUCGACCCAAGCUCAACUACCGAGUGCCCACCCGGGGCCACAAACUGACUGUGACUCUGUCCUGUGGCAGACCCUCUAUCCCAGCCACAGCCUGGGAGGAUUACAUUUGGUUCCAGGCACCAGUGACACUUAAAGGCUUCCAUGAGUGAAUGGGGCUGCUUCUUCAUCGUGAACACAAUGGCUUUAAUUAUCUUUCCCCCUAUGGCGCCAAGUCACCCAUCUCUUGCUUGGAGCUAGAAUUGCUUCCUGGUGAGAGGAAUGUUCUGUCCUUCCAGCUGCCUGCCUCCCCUCCUCAGACUUCCUGGUGGGCCGAUUGUAUGGCUGUGGCUGUCAUAAUUAUCACUGAACAACAUCUCUUUGAAUCAAAGGUUGAUUUUCCCAGAAGGUGCUGGGUCAGGCAUUUCUGUUCUGGUUGGAAGGCAAAUAUGGGGUCAUAGACGGACACUCUUUUGGAAGUGGCCCUUUAAUGCUUUUUGCUGUGGCAAUUCAGAAUUUUUGCUAGGGACAUAACUUAAAUAUAAAAAUGAAUGGAUUUGCAUUAAAUUAUCCUGUAACUCUUGGCUUAAAGAUUCCCAGGGUUAAGACUAGAGUAUUUUGUCUUUCUCCUUGGCGUCUUAUGCUUCAGGGUUUCUAGGAUUUUUUUUUUUUUUUUUUUUUUAAACUGAUGGUUCUUUCUCUUCAUCAACCCUAGGCCCUUCUGGGAAGUGAAUGGACUUGGUCGAGGUUCUGUAACACUUUGAUGUCAGAGCUGGGACUAGAGUCCUCAUCAGUUACCUCCUUGCCUGACCUCCUUUCCUCGCCAUGUAGGGGUUUUUGUGAUCAUUACAGUAUAUGUGCCAAAGGUCACAUAGGGGAGGAGUUGAGAGACUAGGCUGAGAAAGGAAACUGAGAGGGCCUUUGCCAAGCUCCAAAGCCCGUGGGAACAGUUUCUGAGCCCAGAUGUCCCUUCAGGGGUUCUGCCCAGCGUGUCUCCAUUGCAGUGACUGGUGGGUUGCUGGCGGUUCCUGCUGGUAGCACUGUCCUUAGGUAUACCCUGCUCUCCUGCCUGCGGCACUUCCUCCACAGCUGUGCCUCUGACUUGGCCAUCCUGAUCCUUGCUCUUCUUCGGGCUUGUCCCCAUCCUGACUAUUAAGCACUGAUGCGCUUUGUCCCUGAGAACACCUGCUUAUGUCUUGGAAACAAAUUGAAGACAUAGUCCUUACCUUGCUGGUGUUGGAGAUAGGUCCAGAUCAAGGAAGAGACCCGCUUGGUGUCUGUCAUCGACCAGAUUGACAAGGCUGUAGCGGUCAUCCCCCGAGGAGCCCUUUUCA